AUGGAUUUGAGGACGGUUGAAGCAAUUAUUCGUAGGAACUCGACUGAUGUGGGCGCGUAUUUUGGAUUCUCUGAUCAAAUCUCCCGGGAUAUUAUCAUCGACUACUCAUAUGUUUUCAGGCCACUAGGAAUCGAUCUCGUAGGAAAAUGGGUCAGAGUUGUGGUGCGGGAUCCUAAUGUCGUCUGUCGGCCUGUCGUGAUUAUUGAUGAUAUUUUGGAGACUAGGCUGUUAAACCGUGAUCCCGAGAUCAGAAUUGAAGCGAGUUACGACAGUCGAUUCAAAAACAAAUACGAAGUAUUCCACAAUAAUUUCGCCGGGUUUAUCAUUGACACGGAUAAAAAAGUUCAACAUAUUGAUACACGGGCUACAUAUAGCUUAUGGAUUACUCGACUGCAUCAACCGGGACUGAAGGCCAGUUGGAGAGUUUCUCAGGAUCUAACAUUGAGGAAUACGAGAAGGGUAAGUACUCAAAACGCUCGUGACGGACAACAGCUACUCCGGACUGUCGACGCGAUCGUUCAUAGCGUUUCUCGAGAUGGUACAGGAUACACUGCAUGGACCAGAACAGAGAAGAACAGAAUAACAAUAGAUUCUAAGCUGUGUCGCGGAUAUGAAAGCAUUCUUGGUAGAUGGGUUGAACUGACACUUGAUCACUAUAAUUUCGUCAAAGAAGAUCCUGUACUUUUACCUGAUGUGUUCGAAACUCAAAUAAAAAAAGGAAUAACACGGAUUCGAAUCGAUUUUCAAUCUACGGCAGACUCGGAAAAAACGCGAUUGUUCUACAACUCGUAUUUCGGAAACAUUUAUGAUCAAAAGCAGAAUGUGCCACCUGGGGAAAAUGGAUCAUGGUAUCGAGGAUGGAUUAUAUUUUACCUUCGUUCAGGACUAGAUACGCGCUGGAGAUUAUGCAAUUUUCAAAAUGUUGAGGGCCCAUUUGUGAGCUUUACCUCUAACAACACCAAUGAACCGGGGACCAGCAGUGGUGGGUAUGACAACAAGAAUCAUCAGGAAUAUAUUCGAAGUUCAUCCGAUUUCCAUCGUUCCGAAAGUCCGCGUAAAAUCUCAAUUGAGAGGUUCGAUGAUGAACAACAGUAUCAACGUAGAACAUCAGAAGAAUGGUAUCCAAGCAAUACAAUCUGGAGACCGUCAGAGCCUUUAGAAGAUAGAAAUCACUAUAUUAAUGAUCGAAACUCUCCAACAUUACAUGCAUUCAACCUUGACGGAAUAAAUCAACAAAAUGAUGAUGACACACGGCUGAACCGUAAAGAGAUCAUAUAUCCAAAAGACAAAAAAGAAACAACGCCACUUUCAGAAGAAGAAUAUUAUACAUGUUCAGAAGAUGGGGGUGGGAAUUACAAGACCACUCAGGCCCCCCGUAUGGUUGGUAGAGAUUCUAUUUCUCCAUCAGGACCCUCUUCUGUUUUGUAUGGAAUUACUGAAAACGAAACGAUUGACCGGAUUGGAGAAGAAAGUACUGGCAAUAAUGUUCAAGAAUCCACGAGUUCCCGAAGGUUGAAGCCUAAAACUGAAAAGGAAAUUGAGCUCACAAUGCUGAAAGAAGAUUUCAUUCGAAUGUCGGUUUUGAUUCGAUCUCUCACAAAAAAGGGGUCUGUUGCCGAAAAAAUGAUGGUUGCGAAUUUCGAAGACUACGAAGAACUGAUGAAGCUUAUUCGAUAA